AUGUUCCAGCAGUACGAGUCUUACCGGAAGGCGACUUGCCUUUUCCUUGCCACUCUCGAGCACGAGCCCUGCCAACCCGGCAAGACCACACCCGACGGCAGUGACGGGUACAUCACGUUCUGGGCCACCGGACGGCGACACUAUCUCUCAUACAGAGACAUCGACCGAGCACUUUUCCUGCCGCCAGGCAACCGUCUAGGCCUCGACGUCGACCGCGACGAGAUGUCCGCACUUUGGGGGACGAUCGCGUUUGGGGAUUACUUCUCCUCAAGCGCGAAGUCCGCUCAGAUCAGGAGCCCGCCGGUCCGCUACUUCCACAAGGCGAUCGCCAACACGCUCUUUUCCCGACAGGCCACCGGGAACGUCACAGAGACAGAGAUGGCCAUGAUCGACGUGGCACUCACAGGCAUCCCGUUGAGACUGAUCAACGGGACCGAGCUCCGAGGCAGCAGGUCCCACGGAGGCAUCACGGUCGCCCUUGCUAGCCAGCUCCGCUCUUACAGGGACUGGGCUUCGAGGAACAGGACCAUCCGGCACAAGUGCACACUGCGGAUGGGCGGCUUGGUCACACCUCUUCUACGCGCCGUCGGCUUCACACCUGACAGAGAGGACGAGGUCGCGCCACCCGAGUGGCUCGAUCUCGAGUACCUGAGGAACAGCGUCUUCUUGCAGAAGACGUCAGACGCCAGCCGACUCCUGUACCAGUUCACCCACGUUCAGCUCGGUGUUUCCCGCAUGUUGCUCCCCAGCCCCAGCUGGACGACGAUCAGAGGUGGGACCAACGUCGAGUUCAACCCACCUCAGUCUGCUCUCUACGGAGAUCGAUCGACCGCCAGAGACUACGCCACACCUCAGGCGACCACACACCGCGGCGAUCCGUCACACGAGCUCGACUCCACGCAGACGGACGAGCUCGACCACUUCCACUUCGCGGCUACACCACCACUGCCAGACAGACCGCCGGACUGA